GUGACAUUCAACAGUCACGGUGAUUGAUUGAUUGCAGUCAGCAAAAGGGGAGGGGAGCACACGCCAUACCUCACGACUACAAAAGACAAGUUGGAGACCUUUUAUCAAAGCCAACAGAGCACGCAAGGCCGAGCAAACUACCCAGGUCUCCAGAAGGAAACAAGCAUGACCACUAUUAGAUUCGGGAGUAGCGUCGGUCCGUCUGGCGUGAACUCUGAAAAUCAACAGCACGGCUGGGAUGAAGAGAACGCUUUUGGUGAAGACACUGAUGACGCCAGUGACCCCAACAGGAUUGUGCAGUGCCCAUAUGACAAAAACCACCAGAUCAGAGCCUCUCGCUUUCCUUUUCAUGUUCUCAAGUGCAGGAAGAACCACCCUAAACUGGCAAGUGAACUGAAGACCUGCCCUUUCAAUGCCAGGCAUUUGAUUCCCAAGCAUGAGUUGUCUCAUCACAUCACGAACUGUGAAGACAAGAGGUCACUAAAUGCUGAAGAUGGAAAUGUAGAGCUGCUGGAGAAGUUUCAGGUGCCUGUUAAUACCUGGACAAACCCUUCACCCAAUGAAGACUGGGAAACAGAGACUGAUGAUAAUGCUGCUAUGUUUGUCUGGGGUGAAUCCAACAAUCAGCUUGCCCAAAACAAGCCAGAGCCAACUACCACCAUCAGUUUAUCCGAUGGACUUCGGGCACCACGGACUCUUCCAUGGAAACUCUGAUUUGUCACCACUGGACAGACUUCAUCGGACAUCAUCUUACUUAUUUAAUACUUCAAGCCCUGUGUGACUUCUAGCCUAACUUGUUUAAAGUCUACUUAUAUUUUAAAGCUUUUAAUUUUAAAGUGUUGUGAAAUUUCCCUUUUCCUAUUUUUCUACAAGUUAAUACGCUGUCUGUAACCGGCUAUGGUCCAUGUGUAGAGACUCUCCUUUUAAACCAAAGAAUUGCGUGUCUCAAUUCAAAGGAGAAACCAUCACUGCCAGUCUUUCUGGACUAUUUGCUUUAAACUUUUUUGCAAUUUGUGAAAGUGGUAACCUUUAAUCCUGACAUGUAUACUUGAUUCAUUAAAGAUUUCUUUCUGUGCAAACCUCCUGUUUUUUUUUUUUUUUUUUUUUUUUUUUUUUUAAAACCGCAACAAAGAGCAAGUCAAAUAUUACUUUGGGAAUUUAAUACAUUUAGCUUUAAAUGUAACCAUAUUUAACUAAAAUGUAACUUCAGAUAUUUAGUAAGAACAGUUUGGUGUUAUAAUGACUUUAUUAACUUAAUUUUAAAAUGAAUAAAUGUUUUUUAUGGUAUAAUUUACAUUUGUUUUAUAAAUAAUGAGAUUAUUAGUAUUAUUAGUAUUAGUAUGUUUAACUAACAGUAGUGUUUAUCCAUUAAUAAAUGCUGUAAGUUAUUGCAUUAUUGUGUUUUUGGGGGGUUAAUUUAUACCUGUUAAUCUUCUUCUUUAUUAUUAUUAUUAUUAUUAUAUAUUUUUGUUGUGAUGUUCUCACAGUGUGCUUUGAGUGUUUUUAAUUGGUGUGCAUUUUUGAAAGGUUUUAUUUUUUCUGGUUUUAAUGUAUGUGUUCAGUUUAUAUUUAAUUACACGUUCUUAUAUUACAGUUGUUUGUUUUGAGAGCGUUAUAUUCUUGUGCAGUGUGCUUUAAGUGUUUUUAAUUAGUGUGUGAACGUUUUUAUUUAUUUGUUUUUAACCAUACAGCAACAAAGAGCAAGUCAAAUAUUACUUUUGGACUUUAAAUGUAACCAUAUUUAACUAAAAUGUAACUUCAGAUAUUUAGUAAGAACAGUUUGGUAUUAUGACUUUAACUUAAUUUUAAAAUAAAUAAAUGGCUGUUUUUUUUUUUU